AUGCCAGAGGGGUCACCUAUUCCCGAGCAUCUCUUCGUUCACAGGACUGACACCCCGAUUGGGCACACCCAUCAUGGGUGCAAACUCGAGCUGGGGAAUCCGCAUCUUAUAAGUCAGGCAAACCUGUCGACCCUGAUCACCAUAUCCACCACGUUCAACAGUCUCAUGUUUAGGGAUGGGUGCAAGGCGCCCGCUCACGAAUGGGUGGAAUACGAUCGAAUUCUGGACAGAUUCAAAGACUUUGGAUACGACUUCCACCCUCAUGCGCUACCGAAAUGUGUCAUGAAAUCUGCUUCUGACGACAGCGUUGGAAAAGAACGCUGGCAUCCCAAUUAUGUCGACAAAAUACUCAAACGGGUGUGCUAUGAAUUUGACCUUGUCGAAGAGGCGCAUAUGGAAAUCCUUUUACCGAAGCUGAAUCUUGAUCCGAAUUACUGUCGCGAAUAUGCUGAGUUUGUGGUCUCGCUCUCCAGGGUUUCUUCUACGGCAGCCGGUUGGACGGUAGAUCCAUCAAACUAUGAUAUUUCCGACUAUCCAAAAACGUCCGACUUCAACGCAACGUGCAAUGGGUUGCUCUGGAAUGCGGAUAUGAUCAAAAACAGUACCAACUAG